AUGCCAUUCUACAUGACACCUUGCAAGCCGCAAGGACACGGGGCUUUGUCGCAACUCUGUAAAAGAGAGCUGCUGAAGGAUCUCCUUCGUCGUCCGUCCAAGAGGCAUUAUUUUGUUUGCCGCGUCUUGUCUCUGAUCGGUGUCGCUAAGACCGAGCGAGCAUCAGCAGCCUCGCGCGGGUCAGGCCGCUGUAAGACCAGCCCUACGGAAGCGCCCGAGCGAUCCUUCGCCCCUCCUCCAACAAGACCAGGAUUCAUCUAUGCGACUGGCGAUUUUCAGAUCGAGAACUCUUCUUUCAGCAUUAUCGAUUCUGUAGACUUUGCAAAUCAACACGUUCAGCAGUUUGAUCCCACGCCUCAUAUGCACUACUACAAAGCCAAUACUGCAACACAAGGCAGUGGACAUAUAUUUGCAACUACCGUCGGCAAGCGGCCAGAACUAGAAGAAUAA